UUAUAGAACCAAAAUCGAUUGCGUAUUUUCUUUAAAGUUAAGUUAUGUCUACAUGAUAAAGCACUUACCAUAUUUUCGUUUUAAUUCUAAUCUUUAUAAAAAGAACACGACACGAGACAUUGCAAAGAAAAAAAACACAUCGUACGACUCUUUUAUCUCUCCGUGUAGUAGUCCAUAUAUAUAUAUAUAUACUAUCUUGACAAGGUUCAUACGUCACUCUCUCUUUUUCUCUCUUGGUCCUGUUUAGUUUCUUCACGUGUAUAUUUGUGUCCCUAGGAUGAUGAAUUGGUUACCUGAGGAAGGUCUUACUGCUGAUGAUUUCUUUGAUGACUUCAUCAACACCAUCGACUUUCCAUUACAAGACAUUGAUGAUGUCACCACCAAUGGUGAGGUAGAAGAUUGGGAAGCCAAAUUUCAACACCUCGAACCUCCUCCUAUGGAUGUCUUUACGAGUUUUCCCUCGGAGUUCACCUCCUCUUGUGGCGUUAACAGGCUCGGCCCUCUGGGGACGGUACCUGUUUUGAAACAGUCCGGUGCUUGUGGAGCCUUGUCUGGCAUAAACAGCAGCACUCUCCACCAGGCUUCAUCACCUCAUGAUAUCAAAGUCUCAAAGCUGUUUCAGUCUUUAAGCCCAGUGUCAGUUUUUGAGAGCAACUAUGCUUCUUUCUCACCACAGGACUCAAGAUCUCAGAGAAUGACUUCCCCUGUGAAAGGCAUGAGAAGCAAGCGCAAACGCCCCACACCCACACCAGUGAGAUUCAAAUACCUUCACUCGUUUGAAGCCAGUAAGCCUGAGAAGUUAACUCCUGGCGAAUCAGGAUUCAGGACUUACUAUGCUUUUGAACAACAUGCCAAGAAGGGACGCAAGAUUUCAUCCCAAGUGACAAGAAAAUGCAAUCACUGUGAGACAACCGAGACUCCGCAGUGGAGGGAAGGACCCAAUGGACCAAAGACUCUCUGCAACGCUUGCGGCGUGAGGUUCAGAUCAGGCCGUCUAGUUCCAGAGUACAGACCAGCCUCGAGCCCGACCUUCGUCCCAUCUGUGCAUUCAAACUCACACAGGAAGAUCAUGGAGAUGAGGAGGAAUGAAGGUGAUCAGUUCCACACCAAAAUGAUUCACGGAAUGAUAUCAAGAGCAUAGAGACAAGAAGGCUGAAUCAGUUUUGAGUUUGGGAACUCACUGCAGGAAGAGAUGGUAUACAAACGUAGGGUUUAGUGACUGUUUUAGAGGGGUUUAGUUUGAAGUUAGGUCUAACUUUUACAAAUUUUAUCUCUAUCUUAUGUUGUUCUUUCAGAAGACACGAUUCAAACUUCGAAAGAACAGGCCAACAACAGGAAACAUGUUUUUUCAGACUCUUCAACUUAAGUUUUCUUACGUAAA